AUGGUCCAACAUGCCACACAGAAUAAGAUGCUUGAGAAUCAAAUUGCUCAGCAGGCGGAGGAGAAAAAGAAAGAAGCUAAGGAGAAGCAAGAGAAGGAAACAAGGAAGAAAAAGAAGCUACCAGAACCAUAUCAGCCUCCUCUACCCUUCCCUCAGAGAUUCCAGAAAGCCAUAUUGGAUAAGCAAUUUGGCAAGUUUCUAGAAGUCUUACAGAAACUUUAUAUAAACAUUCCUUUUAUAGAAGCACUCUCUCAAAUGCCAUCCUAUGCCAAGUUCCUCAAAGACAUUUUAUCGAACAGGAGAAGGCUGGAGGAUUAUGAGACUGUCACUCUUACAAAGGAAUGCAGUGCCAUAUUGCGGAACAAGCUACCACCAAAGCUCAAGGAUCCGAGAAGCUUCUCCAUACCUUGCCUUAUUAGUAACAUGAAUAUUGACAAAGCCCUCUAUGAUCUAGGUGCGAGUGUGAGUCUGAUGCCUUUGUCAAUAUGUAAGAAGCUUGAUGUGGGCAAACUUAAGCCUACAACAAUUUCGUUACAACUGGUUGAUUGA